UUAACCUCCCUGGCGGUAUUCCCGAGUGUAGCUCGGGGUAAAGUUUCAGCACCAAAAGCGGUAACCCCGAGCUACACUCAGGAAUACCCUGCAGCAUUGCUCUGGGAUCUCUUCUACACUUACCUUGUCCUUCGCUCCCAUGAUGUCCCUCCUGCAGUGUCCCCUGUAAUGUCCUCCGGCCGAUGUCGGCAUCUGUCUUCCUGGUUCCGCUCCCUGUGACCUCAGGACGUACAGGGGACGGAACUGGCGGGAAAUUUAAAAAUGUCAAAGUACUAAAUACACUAAAAUCACAUAGUAUAACAUUCCUGUAUCAAACCAUUUCACAUACAU